AGUCAUGGAGUUUCACGCCACCCAUGUGUGUCUGCUUCUUGUCGUGACGCUGUCGGGGGGAGUCGCGUCGGCUCCCGACGGGGUGCUCAACCUUUUCCGGACAAAUGUGAAGGAGCUACAACAUGUCCCGAUGAAGUACGACUCCAGCGACGCCGUGCCCAAAUGGCUGGAAGGAACCCUGGUUCGGAAUGCCCCCGCUAUGUUUGAACUUGGUGGUCGUUCGGUCGUCCAUGUUUUUGAUGGUUUUGCCAAGAUGCACAGCAUAGCCAUCGGUCAACAAGGCCUGAACUUCUCCUCCGCCUUCCUAGAAUCCAGUUCCUACACUAGAUCUAAGAAGGCCGGUCGGUACGCCCCGUCGCUCACUUUCCUGGGGGUAGACCCUGCGUUCAGCGAAAUGGAGAAGGUGGAAGCCCUGUUCUACCCCUUCGACAACACCGACGUCAACGUGUGGAAGUUCGGGCACGGAGAAGACAGCGUCUACGCCGGGCUGACUGACGAAUGGGUGUACGCUGAGUUUGACCUGGACACUCUUGCCUCCACAGGAGUUUCUAUACCUCCGAUUAACGGGGUAAAUUUUCUGUCACACUUUGUCCAAUCCUGCGCCCAUCCUAUUGUAGAACCCGGUACAAAUAACAGCAUUAACUACGUAUUGCAGCCUGGCAUGCUACCGGGUGAGAAACAACAGUACUUUGUAGUCAGAAUGAAGGAUCUCACUUCUUUUGAGAUCAUGGCCAACUUCCAGACGGACAAGUCGACUUACAUGCAUAGCUUUGGUUUAACGAAGAAUUAUGUUAUAUUUUUUGCCCACCCUGCAAUUGUUAGCGUUGAGAAAAUGGUGACCACAGUCGAGGUGGCCGAAUCAAUGCAGUGGUUUCCUGAUGAAAAAACUAACAUAGUGGUGGCCAACAUCAAAACUGGGAAGGUAGAAUAUCUCCAACAUGACGCCAUUUUUGUUACCCAUCAUGCAAACGCUUACGAAACGGACGACGGGAAGCUUGUAGUUGACCUCUGUGCUUCAGAGAUGGGCAUUUCUAUCUUGACACAAUACCAGAUCCCCGAGUUACGGAAUCUAUCCAGUCUCCACAAAAGUGUGGCCGCAAGUAGAUUUUAUCGAUACACCAUAGAUCUAGCGAAUAAGUCGGUAGAGACCAAAGCUUUCCGCAGCAUGGACCCUAUGGAGGAUUUCAUGCACCAAAUUGAAGUUCCGAUCAUCAACGAAAAUUACCGAGCCAGGCAAUAUUGUUACGUGUAUGGGGUCCCGCUUGACUUUAAUCCGUCUAACCCUGUCAAUGGUUCUCUGUCCUUGGUAAAAAAGAAUAUUUGCACCCCCGGGAAAGAUCAAAUUUGGUAUCACCCGAAUCACUACGCCAGUGAGCCUAGUUUUGUUCCCAACCCGGACGGUACCGAAGAAGAUGACGGUGUUAUUCUGUCGUCUGUUUUCGACGCCAUGCUUGAGAAGAACUAUCUUCUCAUCCUUGAUGCGAAAACUAUGAAGAAAAUUAACACCGCCUACAUGCCAACUUACAUUCCGUUUGGCUUUCAUGGCAAGUUCUUCUCCAAACAUUAGGGACUACUUGUAAAAUAUGACAUUAAAAUUGUUCCACAGCCAGUACUGAAAAAAUCCAACCCAGCUCGUUGCAAAUAGCAAUAAGAACUUCACAGGAAUGGCACCAUUUUCCCGCCCGAAAAUACAUAUACAAUAAAAACAAAAGAACGUGCAUCAUCUACAGCUCAAUAGCAAAACAUAUACCGAGUCCCAAAAGAAUCCGUCC